AUGUCAGACCAAUUCGGCUCAAGCUAUGUAGAUCCUAGAGAGUACCAUAGCGAAGGAGAAGAGUACGAAAUUAACAGUGAUCAAGACGAUCUUAAAUCCAACGAAAUUGAUGGAAAUUAUAACCAGAAUGAGAGCAAAACUUCAGAAAUGGUUGGAUAUUUUGAUCAGCAACGAAAGAUCUUAGAGCUGGAAAAAAAAUUGAAAGAGAAGGAGAAAGAGAGAACCAAAAUUGGAGUCUUUGCACAAAGAGUGGCCACCAGAGAUGAAUUGAAGAGAGAGCAAGAACAGACAUUGGAGAACGUAAUGAAACAGAGAACUUACACAUUUGAUUCUGGAGAGUUGUCGAUACAGAAGAGGGAAACGAAUGAAAAGGAAAAGUUUACUGGUUUAUACAUCAACGUGAGAUAUUUAGAUAAAGGGGCUGUAAACGCAAUGAUGGUGGAUAAAAAGAUACUUAGAAUAGAGAAACUACUGGCCAAAGUUUACCCUCCACUUUAUCAGCCCCCAUUGUACCCGAAUUGGGUUGUUGUAGGUUUGAUAAUACGGAAAAACGAAACUAAAUUGACUAUGAACAAGACUUCUAACUACAAGAAAAUGACUAUUUCCAACUUUAGCCAAUCCGUAGAUUUGAUGUUAUUUGGCAAAGCUUUGCAGAAAUACUGGAAACUUCAAGUUGGUGCAGUCAUAGCGGUUCUGAAUCCGGGCAUUUGGAAAUAUAACUUCAAGUCUGCGGACAACAUUAUGCAUCAAGGUUUCAAUUUGACGUUGAAAGAUAAUCACGACUCAAUUCUGGAAAUUGGUAAAAGUCGUGACUUGGGGUUUUGUAGUUCAUUGAAGAGAGAUGGAAAUGUUUGCCAAACUCCUAUUAACAUUCAAAAGAGUAAACAUUGUACCUAUCAUACUGAGUUGGCAAUGAAAAAGAGUACAUCUAAAAGGCUAGAAUUAAGCUCAGCAUUCCGAAUGCGAUAUCCCGGAGAAUCAAAUGAGGAAACCAAUGCUCAUCAACAUGUAUAUAUGAAAAAGGGAGGGCGCCAAUUGCAAGGGUUUCUCCAAUCGGAUCCAUUAUCUGAACGAGAACUGAAUAAGAAAGAGUUGGCAGCUAGAAAGCAAUUUUCAGACUCGUUAUCUCAAAAAGCAUUCAUGGAGGAGAAUUUCAAGAGGACUAAUGUUAACAAAGCUGAAUUGAAAAGUAAAAAGGAAAGGCAACUAUUUAAAGAGUUAGAAAUGAGAAGAAGUUUUGUUGAGAAGGGAGCUACGUUCUUUAAGGAUGAGGAGAUUGAAACCAAUGCAGAGAAGGCAGAAAAGAUUAGGCUUUCAAAAGCUGCUUUUAGUUCCGGCGCCGUCAAUAAAAUCGGAUUCAAUCCUACGCAGAGGUUAUUUUCGAAAAGUAACAAUCUUGGAAUCAAGGCCAAAGCUGCUACCAACUUGAAGGACUUUUUACAUGAAUCAGAAACCAAAGAAAAGCAUUUGAAUCUUUCCAAGCAUGACAUAAAGAAAAGAAGAAAGAAAGCUUUGGAAGUCGUUAGGCGGUUUCAAAAACCUAAUGGAGCAGCUAACGUAGAGGCCGACUCAGUUUGCGGGAAGAUACCCACAGAGGUCACACUUCCGGAUUCUGAUUCUGACUCUGAUUUUUGA